CCAGCAGUGCAAACACAGGCCUGAGAACUGUGGGCAAAAUGUUUCCAGCUCCUCUGCCUUCCCUUCCCUGCCAUGAAGGAUCUGUUCACUUCCCAGAACCAAGCCUGUUGGCAGGAGCGCAUCUGGAAGGAGGCCGCUGCUCAAGUCUCCUGGAAGAUCAACUAUGGCCACAAGUACCUCAAGGAGGGGCCCCUGCCCAAGAAGCAGCUCCAGCGGGCCCCCUUCAGCUCAGCCCUGGCAGUGGGGCCCUUGCCUGCCCCCAGCUCUCCUGACAGCAAGGACCAGACUGCCAGAGACCAAGGAGGUCCAGGAUCAGCUCUCCAGGAAAGUGGGGGUCCAGGGCCCCUGGCCCAGGGGAGACAGAGGCUGGGAGGCCCAAAGAGCAACUCAGAGUCAGUAGGCCAGGCCAAACCGAAAGACUUAGGGAUGAAGCAGGUACCCCCAAGCACCCUGCAGCUUCUCUUCCAAGGCAUCUCCCAUGAUGGCCAGGGCCGGGCCUUGUACCUCCGGGAGCGGCAUCAGCAGAAGCCAGAGGAGAAGUUUCAGUACCCGGUCUUGUCAUCCUGGGAGUACGGCUGGCACGGGAUGCCAUGAAGGACACCAGGUCUUCAGUGUAUGCCAGGUCCCAGCCCAUUACACAAACCUUUUAUGUUAAAAGUGGUGUCUUCCAUUUUCCACAGCGAAGAGACCAGCUAAUGUGAACUCGCAAGGGAUUGAGAAGCGCCUCCUUCCUUUUCCCUUGGUCCAUCUGGAUCCUGGAGAGGGGCAGUGCUGCUGGUGCCACCUCCCUGUUGUGUGCGGCCCCAUCUCUGCUGAGCAUGGACGGGCAUGAGUGCUGCCACUGGGACUCAGGGAGGCCCACCUGCUGCCCCUUGACUGCCCUCAGUUACCUCACUCUUCACAGAUCAUCUGCCCACCACCCGCCACCAUCCCCAGCCUGUGCAACUGUCCUGGGGGAGAGAGUGGAAGCCCCAAAUGCUCCAGCUGCAGACCUGGGGCAGGGAGUAUUCACUAUGUCUUUAAGGGGUUAAGAGGAUGGGGACUAUGUCCCUGUCCUCCCGAUCUCUGCACUCUGUUGAAGGGACCCACAACAGAACACAACGGUCCCAAUGUAUCCCAGUUUCCAUGUUUACUCACUUCUCUCAUCCCCAGGCCCUGUAUGGCUCUGGCUUGCCUCACUGCUUUAACAAACAAACAACCCCUAAAUCCCAGUUGCUUAAACCAAUAAAAUGUGUUUCUUAAAGCACAGUGUAAUCUGAUGUUCAUGGGCCACCUGCCACAUACUGAUCUGGGGAUCCAGGCUUCUACCACCUGAAGGCUCUGCCAUCUCCUAGGACCUCAGAUUCCUGUCCUGAGUCCCUUACAUCAAACUGGGGGACAGGGGAAGAGAGACAAAAAGCCUGGAGAGGUCGUGCCCACUCUUAACCACCUUGGCCUGGAGCUGACGAAUGUCACUUCCUAGCACAGUCUAUUGGUCAUGUCAUUUCUAGGUGGGAGAAAGCUGGGAGUGCUGUGCAACCAGGUGCCCAGGAAGAGGAAGAGAAAGGGUUCCUGACACUAGUCCAUUUCUGCUACUGGGCCUGACUUGUCCUGUGGCUGAUCUGGGGUAGAUUUGGGCUCAGCCACCACCCUAAACUCAGAAGUUUCCUCCUGUAUUAGUUCGCCAGGGCUGCUGGUAACAAAGUCUAAAAGCCGAGCUCUCUCUGAAACCUGCAGGGCGUCCUUUCUUUCCUCUUCUUGGUUUCUGCAGAGUGCAGGCAGCCUUGGCCUUCCUAGGCCUGCAGCUGCAUAACUCCGCCCUGCCUUUGUCAUCACAUGGUGUUGGUCCUGUGUGUCAGUUGUUACAUGGCCACCAGUGUUAUUGAAGUUGGAGCUAGAUUUACUUUCGCUACCUCAUCUUACCUAAUUACAUCUGUUAGGAUCCUAUUUCCAUAUCAGGUCACAUUCUGGAGGUUAGGACUUCAAUGUAUCUCUUAUAAAGGGGAUAUAAUUCAUCCCAUGAUAUCUCUGAUUGAUAGCUAAACCUAGGUCACUGGAGCCAUCUUGAAAGGCCUUCUUCCCUUCCUUGGGAUGAGGUCUCUCCCAGAAUCCCAGCCAUGUCCAGUAUUGUGCACAGAACAUCUCAUUUCUUCCAAGGCCUCAGGCAUGUAGGGAGCCCAGAGAGUCAUCCUGCACACAGCUUUUUGUGAAGCCAAAAUGCUCGUGGGCACACCUGGCUUCAUCAGGGCACUGUGGUGCCCCUCCACCCCACCCACUAAAGAGCCGGCCCCCGGGCUGGCCAAAGGCAGAACUGGGAAAACUAACUACUCCUGCGAGAGCCACCUCCAGAGGAAUUUUCCAGAGGUCUCUCCUGGUCCGCCUUUUAGCUUGAAAUGUCACAGAAGAGCUAGGCCACUGCAAAUGGAUUGACUUGCCUGAGUUUGCCUGUCGACUUCGGGAAAGUUAUUGAGUGGGAAAGAGUGUGAACAGGGCCAAUGUGUGUGUGGGAUUCUGCUGAAAUUCUCACUGCCACUGUGCACACAAGAAGUGCUUGACACAUACUGGUACCUGCCGAAUUUAAUCAAAUAUCGCAUAGCCCUUUGGGUUACUCUGGGGCCAUUUGAUUGAAAGCAGCACACACUAGUGCAGCAACUCCAGUGGGCGAGGUCAGGCUGGGCCUCUGGGCCAUAAAGGAGAGAGAUCUUGGAGCUCACAGCCUGGAGGGAGAAGGGCUGGGGUGGGGAGAGUGGGCACCUUUGGAGCACAGAGGGCACUGAAGCCAGUGUGGGAGACUUCCUGAGGGAGGUCACCAUUAUUUUUGUCAUUUAAUGAAACAAUGCUCAGACAACGUCUAGCAAGUGUGGCUCUACAUGUGUGAAUUAUAUGUUAAUUGUUAUUAUGAUACUCUCUAUCAGCAAGUCUGCAAGCUGCUUUGAAGAGGACAGGCUACCGCCAGGGCAGCCUUUCUCAGUUGGGAUUUUGUGUGUAAAUUAAGCCUUACAGAAAACGAUUUGGGUGACAAUUUUCUCAGUUCUCCCAAAGACGGUACUACAUAGCUAGCAUCUGUCUGGAGGCAUGGGAGAGGUCUUGAUUUGUGACAAGCAGUGGGUGUACCCAGACAUUAGGGCUUAAUUCAUCUGGCAUCUGGGGAAUUUAUUUAUUUAUGUAUUCAUUUAUUAACUACAUAACUACUCAUUGUGUACUUAAUGAGCACCUGUAAGAUAAUUGCAAUAUGCAGGCCUUUUUCUGAGCCUGCACUGCCCAAUUCCGUGGUUGUGAGCCUCGUGUAUCCACUGAGCAUUUUGAAUGUCUCAUCCAAAUUAAGACUAAAAGGCACACUGGAUUUUGGAGGUUUUAUAUGAUAAAAAUUUAAAAUAUCUCAUUAAUAAUUUUAUACUGAAUUACAUGUUAAAAUGACCAAAUUGGUAUAUAUUGAGUUAAAUUAGAGACUGACAAACUUUCUCUGUAAAGGACUAGAUGGUAAAUAUUUUCAGCUUUGUGGGCCAUGUGGUCUGAACUACAAAACUACUCAGCUCUGCUGCUAUAGUGUAGAAGCAGCCAUGGACAGGACAUAAACAUAUGAGCAUGGCUGUGAUCUAAUAACACUUUAUUUAAAAAAAAAAACAGGUGGUGGGCUAGGUUUGACCUACAGGCUAUAGUUUACUGAACCCUAGAUUAAAUAAAACGUCUUAUUAAAA